CGACGUGCGUGACGUCGCGUUGUAGGCUUCGCUAGUUUCCUCAACCAAACACUCAAUUGAUAUUGUGUGAUAAAAACUGGAAGUCAACCGGUGGACGAGGGGCUAGUUAGCCUAAAAAAACACACGUAACCCGCGGCCCUCCUCGAUACAAACAAACUCAGCCGUUUCUGUGCUUAAACGUGUCUUGUCGGCGAAGAAAACGGAGAAAAGCCUUGCUUUUAAACCCACCAAAGACUGUUUUUCCAUUUUUGCUGUGGCUUUCGAAAGGCGGGGAAUACAAAGCAACUUGUGGUGAAAUCUAUUGCAUUUGGGUCUUAUUGAAGCAAAACGGGAUUACUACAAAGACAAUUCGCACUGCUGUGACUGGUCAGCGAUAGUACAUGGAUUAUCUGUGUUUCCGGGCACUGUGCUGUAAAGGACCCCCGCCGCCAAGACCAGAGUAUGAUGUGGUGUGCAUUGGCCUGACAGGUGCGGGAAAGACCAGUCUGCUCUCGCGUCUCUGUAGUGAGGGCAGCGACGGCAUCGUUCCUACAACAGGUUUCAGCAUCAAAGCAGUGCCAUUUCCAAAUGCUGUCUUGAAUGUGAAAGAACUUGGAGGAGCCGAGAAUAUUAAGAAAUAUUGGAGUCGUUACUACCAGGGGUCACAGGGUGUUGUCUUCGUAUUGGACAGCGCCUCAUCGGAUGAGGACCUUGAAGCAGCACGUAACGAGCUCCACUCAGCCCUGCAGCACCCGCAGCUCUGCACGCUACCUUUUCUCAUCCUCGCCAACCACCAGGACAAGCCUGCUGCAAGGACGCCAAGCCAGGUCAAGAAGUACUUUGAGCUGGAGCCACUGGCCAGAGGGAAGCGUUGGAUCCUGGAGGGCAGCACCACCGACAACCUGGAGGCAGUGAAGGAGAGCUUUGGUUCUCUCCAUCUCUCUUGUCUUUCUCUUACUCGCUCUGCUUCCCUUUGGUCACGCCAAAGCAGCCCUCCCUCAGCAUGGGCAUCCAGGAUGCCCAGGAGAAGGGAAGAGGCCAGGACCUCAGCGAAGCAGCCCUCCCGGGAGAAAAAAAAAGAAAGACCGUGAGACCUCUCUCUUUUCCACUCCUCCUCAAUCUCUUUCUGUCUGCACAGUUGAUUUUAUUCUGCUAAGAAAAGACGCAGUUCUCCUCCCACACCAAAUCCUUACCUGCUCUACCUGUUUAAUUGCCGGUGUCUGGCUCUCCUGUUAAGUUUUGCCUCGUCCUUGUUGGCAGCCGACCUUCAGUGUGGCUUACAGAUAAGAAGCAGCAAAGUUGCUGUCCAGCCUUUAUAAUCGGACUGUACAUUACCAAGCAACAGUAACAGAGACGUGGUGUUUACUGUGAUGGAUACAGUAUCUCAAGCCUCUGCAAGUCGAUUUUCAUAAUUCACUCAAAUUAAUGGUAAUUAAUGGGUGCCUGGAAGGGAGGAAAAACAAACUAUGGCAAGCUUAAUUGUUGGCAGUCAUAUAAAGUGAAGGUGCGAUGUGUAACAAAAGGGUGAAACAUGCAGACAUGCCAGAUAAUGCUUUUAAGAGGUUGCAUGUAAAGAAUGACUGAGCAAGACACCACACAAAAGCACUUACCAGAGACAUUUCUCUCAACGUGCAAAGCUGCAGCUUCCAGCAUAGUUUAUUUAUCAUUUGUCAUUUAGGUUUCGAUUUUCUGACACAAAGAGCUCUGCUGCUUUCAUGCCGUUACUAGUCUUCUUUGCAUUAACAGCUUGGUUACAGUGUGAACCGAACACAUUACAGUCAGGAAGAUCACAGGAAAUCUUCAAUCGAGUGGGGAUUGGAUUUUAACACGGGCUGAAAAUGAACCCUUAUGCUCUUACAGUGUAGGAAGUAGACUUUCACAGAUUGAAUGAUGCCAUGUAGGUUUUAUAUUAAAUUUUAAGUUGUAAAUAUCCUUAAAUAUCUUUUUCAGCACAACUUUGUGAACAGGGAAGUAGCUGCCUGAGUGUUUUUACUACUGUUCACUUUUCCUCCCUCAAAGGAUAAAGUAAGCAUCA